GAACUGGGGGCGGCGCGGCGGGGCCGGCGGGGCGCGGCGGGGCUGACCGGCCCCGAUGAGGCGGAAGGAGAAGCGGCUUCUGCAGGCGGUGGCGCUGGUCCUGGCGGCCCUGGUCCUUCUGCCCAACGUGGGGCUCUGGGCGCUGUACCGCGAGCGGCAGCCCGACGGCACCCCGGGAGGAUCCGGAGCAGCGGCGGCCGCGGCCGCCGGACAGGGCUCACACAGUCAACCAAAGAAGAGCUUUUUCUUUGGAGACAGGCAGAAACUGAAGGACUGGCAUGACAAAGAAGCCAUCAAGAGGGAUGCUCAGCGUGUAGGAGACGGAGAACAAGGGAGGCCCUUCCCAUUGACCUAUGCUGAGCGAGUGGACCAGGCGUACCGAGAAAAUGGAUUUAACAUUUACGUCAGCGAUAAAAUCUCCCUGAAUCGCUCUCUCCCUGACAUUCGGCACCCAAACUGUAAAAGCAAACGCUACCUGGAGACGCUCCCCAACACCAGCAUCAUCAUCCCCUUCCACAAUGAGGGCUGGUCCUCCCUCCUGCGCACCGUCCACAGCGUGCUGAACCGCUCACCCCCGGAGCUGAUUGCCGAGAUUGUGCUCGUGGACGACUUCAGUGACCGAGAACACCUGAAGAAGCCACUCGAAGACUACAUGGCCCUUUUCCCCAGCGUGAGGAUUCUCCGAACCAAGAAACGGGAAGGACUGAUCAGGACCCGGAUGCUGGGAGCCUCAGCUGCAACUGGGGAUGUCAUCACAUUCUUGGACUCACACUGUGAAGCCAAUGUCAACUGGCUCCCCCCCUUGCUUGACCGCAUCGCUCGGAACCGCAAGACCAUCGUGUGCCCAAUGAUCGAUGUGAUUGACCACGAUGACUUCCGGUACGAGACGCAGGCGGGGGAUGCCAUGCGGGGCGCCUUUGACUGGGAGAUGUACUAUAAGCGGAUCCCCAUCCCUCCAGAACUGCAGAAAGCUGACCCCAGCGACCCAUUUGAGUCUCCUGUGAUGGCCGGUGGACUGUUUGCCGUGGAUCGGAAGUGGUUCUGGGAGCUGGGCGGGUAUGACCCAGGCUUGGAGAUCUGGGGAGGGGAGCAGUAUGAGAUCUCAUUCAAGGUGUGGAUGUGUGGAGGUCGCAUGGAGGACAUUCCCUGCUCCAGGGUGGGCCAUAUCUACAGGAAGUACGUGCCCUACAAGGUGCCUGCUGGAGUCAGCCUGGCCCGGAAUCUGAAGCGAGUGGCGGAGGUGUGGAUGGACGAGUACGCGGAGCAUAUCUACCAGCGCCGCCCAGAGUACCGACACCUCUCCGCUGGGGACGUGACUGCCCAGAAAAAGCUCCGUAGCUCCCUGAACUGCAAGAGUUUCAAGUGGUUUAUGACCAAGAUCGCCUGGGAUCUGCCCCAAUUCUACCCACCCGUGGAGCCCCCGGCCGCAGCCUGGGGUGAGAUCCGCAAUGUGGGCACAGGGCUGUGCGCAGACACGAAGCACGGGGCCCUGGGCUCCCCACUGAGGCUGGAGAGCUGCAUCCGGGGCCGCGGGGAGGCCGCCUGGAAUAACAUGCAGGUGUUCACCUUCACCUGGAGAGAGGACAUCCGGCCCGGAGACCCCCAGCACACCAAGAAGUUCUGCUUCGAUGCCGUCUCCCACACCAGCCCCGUCACCCUCUACGACUGCCACAGCAUGAAGGGCAACCAGCUAUGGAAGUACCGCAAAGACCAGACCCUGUACCACCCCGUCAGUGGCAGUUGCAUGGACUGCAGUGAAAGUGACCACAGGAUCUUCAUGAACGCCUGCAACCCCUCCUCUUCCACCCAGCAGUGGCUGUUUGAACACACCAACUCCACAGUCUUGGAAAAAUUCAAUAGCAACUGAAGCUAUUGAGCCCUGAACUGUGAGCCCUCACGUUCCCGCAGUGAGCCAGGCGGGGUCCCCUCCAGCACUCCCUGCAGCCUGCCUCUCCAGAGGAAGGCGGGGCUCCCAGGGCUCCCCCAUUCUGUACAAGGUGCUGGCCAGCCAGGUCAUGGCAGAGGGGGGCUCUUGAAGCUGGGCUGGGUGUCUGCCCAGCCCUGCAGGCCCCAAGUGGUGGAGGCAUGGAGAACAGACCCCACGAGAGGCGCCACUCCAGAGCAGAGCCCGCUGCACCCCUGGCAGUGGCGUGGAAACCCGGGAGAGCCCUUUCACCCUGUCAUCACGUUCCCUUGAGCGGUACACGGGAGGAAUGCCAGGGUAGCCCUCGGGCACCCAAAACACAAUCCUCCAAGGCUGCCUGAGCUUCAGCUGGCUCAUCCAUGAUGGUCCUUUAGCGAGAGAGAGGCAAGUUGUGUCUGUAGGCGCCAACUUUAAGCAACAGUGCCACUCAUCAGCAACAGAAGGGCAAGAGUCUUUCUCGGGGCCAUUGGUUUCAGCCUUUUCAUUUUGGCCCCAGCUUGGGAUAACUGCAGUUACUACCCGGCAUCUGUUUUCUGUCAUGACCCAAGGAGAUGCAGUUAGAAGCUGUGCCUGGGGCCCUCCGAGUUCAGUACUGACCGCCGGCCAACUGUCAGGCCUGGGGCAGAAGCGUGGUCCUCCUUUGCCACCGUGGACAGCCCGGGCGUCUCCUCCUGGCUCUCAGGGUGCUCAAGAUGCCCAUUUCAGUGCUCUCCAGGCUCGAGGACAGUCCGGCCACCAGCUCUUCAGGACUGGGUUUCAGAUGGCCUUGAAUCUGUGGCGCAGGCAUAGUAGAAGACCUCCAAACUAGAAAUUCUGCUUGAAUUUUCCCCAUCAGCACUUCCAUCUCUCUCUCUCUCUCCCUCCCUCCCUCGGGCAGCUGCCUGCCUCAACAGGAUCAGAGGUGUGACGUGCUGGCCUCACAAAGUCCAGAGGCCGCUGAGGUGGACUGCAGGCAGGUUGUCCAGCCCCGACUCAUUGUGGUUCUGGUUCUCAUAUGGAAUUCUAGAAUUUUUAAAGAACUCUGUAUUUGGGUCACCAACUAGAGUGCCACAUAGGAUUCUGGUAUUUUAGCAUCCAGUAUGGAUUUCUGGAAUGCUGUGAUUGAAGGAGCCCGUCAACUGUAAAACUUUUGAGGCAGCCCCUAGCCUAGAAACAAUCUGUGAAGUCCAAGGUUGGUGGUGUUGGGGGACGGGUGGGGAACCCACGUCCAUCCGCUCAUACCAGAGACCUGGGUGUGACGCAGUCCUCAGCCCAGGCCAGAAGCUGUGCCACCCCCACCACAGUCACGGCUGCAGUGAACACCCCAGUGUCCCACAAACAGAUAUGCACUCCGCUCCUUGACGGGCCUCUGUGUUUACCUUUUGCUUUGUUAAUUAUGUGUCAAACUCCCAGAGGGCUCCCAAACUAAUAGGAAGUGUUUCUCUAACCAGCCUGCCACCCACUGAUUCAGAAAUAGAAAUCGCAGUCUACAGCCCGUUGCUCCCGCCAGCUAGCCCAGGAAGUCCUUCAAAUCCGUGUUCCAAUUAGAGUUGAGCCUCUCGAUUGUGUUAUUUACCAGUGAAAUAACUGAGACAUAAAUCUGGGAGCAGAGCCACGGAUCUGCCUUUGAGAUGCUGGCUGAUCUCGUCAGUUAUCUGGGGAGGGAAGUAAACUCUCCCAGCCACCACCGCCCCAAUGAAGCGUGCAGCGGGCAAAGCCUCGCUUCCACCUUCUGCCUCAGCACAGGUCCCACUCUGGCCCCCUGUCUGCAGGAGAGGCGGCCCCACGCUUACAAAGCUUGCUUGUCCAUCUUGUCUUUUCCAAGUGAGUGCUAUACCUUUUAGCAGUAACCCUCUUUAGGAAGGAGUCAAAAGAUGUGGCCCCUUCCAGAAUCUAAGAAAGCAAGAGUGUUGCAAUUUGGGAGAAUUGAGGUAGGAUUCAUCAUCAGAAGUAAUGCAGCGAUAUUAAAAUGAAAACUGUGCCUUUUAAAAAGAAAAACAUGCAAACGUACAGCCAAUCCCUAAACUUGAAUCAUUUCCUAGUGCCUUGCUAGAUGUAAAGGGGCAGGGUUGGGGGGGGUGGGGUACCUUUUUGGUGAUGUGUGCAAUCCCUGUUGGAUGAGUGUGUGUUUCCUAAUGUCUGAUUUCAAGCAGGAGGCGUUGGGCCUAGAGCAGUAUCUGAAACAGCAAUGCCACCCAAGGGCCAGAGGGCCAGGUGUUAUUCCAUUCAAUGCGUGUAACACCCUGAAUUUAAAGGCAACUGGAUGGCUCUUUUAAUCCAUGGCCAAGAAGGGUCUCAGCCACCCCUGGGAGAGGGGCCUGUUUGGAAGCCACAUCUGCAGCCCCCAUCCCACCCCCAGCGAUUAGAUUUGCAAUAGGUCCCACUCCAGCAGGUGACAGUGUUCUCGGCAAGACCAGGAUGCAUGUGGAAAGCGGGAGCGGUGGCAAGCAGUCUUCAUGUGUCCUCUUUUCUAUCCUUUGGUUCUCCUUUUGAGGCUGGUUUUGCACCCUCAACAAGGGAUGGGUAGAUCCUCUGAGCACUUGGACAUUUGCAAUUGCUGAACCCACAUCUGUGGGUGCCGAGACUUGACAUAGCUUGUAAUCAGGGAAGGAAGGAGAGAAGUCCAUUCAUUAACAGACCAACCAUUCGCACAUAAUAGCCAUUCAUUGUUGUGUCUUCAUUUUGGAAAACCACCUGUCUCAAGGAUCUGUGAGACUGUGGAGGUGCUGUCAGCCAGGUGAUGGUGAGAAUGUGGACCCUUCUCCUCUAAAGCCUUUCUUCUGAGCAUGACGUCACAAAACAGAGUGUGCCUACAAAGUAUCACACCUGUGUGGCCCCCAGCAGCCUUUCCAAAGGGGGACUACAGGAACACUUCAGAAUGCAAAGAGCAUCUUCCCAGUAAGUUCAAGGCCAUGGAGGUAAUGCUAAGUGUGUGGGCACGUGUGAGAAAAGCCAUUCCACCUUGUGCUUCCAGCUGGAGCUUUCAACUUUUAAAACCAUCCAGGAGCUAUCAGUUCCCCAUUUUUGGAAGAAAUAACUCAGAGUCAGAAGGGAGUACAUCCACAGAAGAGAUCUGAUGAGGGAUGCAACCUCAGGACCUGGGGAGAAAGAAUGAUUCUUUUUGGAGAUGUAGAAUAUGGAUUCCCAAAGUCCACAUUAUAUUCACCACCUGUUGAAUUUCUUUUUCUCUUUAAGAAAUAGGUGAUGUCCUUGAAGAUGGCUCCAUAUUUUUGGGUAUACAUCUCUAUGUCUCUAAUCUCUGAAGUUUCAAAGGAGCGGCAAAGCACUUUACAGAAGUAACUGAGAAAUCCGGACACCUUGCUUCAGAGAUCCCUGGUUUGCACAGAUUGGGUGAUCUCUGUCAUUCUUAGGAGGCAGUGCAACUUUGAUUAAGUUUUCUGAGGAUUUCUAAGUAUGGGAGAAGGGCAAGGAGUGGGUCCUGUCCUGGAAUUCUUUUCUGCUUUCAACUGAUGCUUUUUUUAAAAAUUCAAGUAAUACUUUAGUUCUAACUAGAUCUUGUGCCAAAGCCCACUGUCACCUCUGGGGUGGGAGUUGCACCUACAUUCCAAGCGACAAAGUCCUCUUAACGUUUGCUCUCAAAAUGUCUUUGAUUCAGCCGUGCCGGCCCACAGGGCUGGGUUCCUGCUGUGUUUCAGACUUGAAGGAGGAUCCCAGAGGGAUUACACGCAGGGAAUAUCUGAGAGGUCAGAUGUGGGAUUCCAUAGAGAAAGCUUAAGACCGCCAGCCUCUCAUCUCCUGCCUGGAAAAGUGAGCCUUUGUGAAGACCUGACUUACCAUGUACAACUGUGAUUGUGACUGUUGUUGAGUAAACCUCCAGACUUUUCUCUAA